CUCUCCUCUCAGCACCAUGGGACACACCUCUCUUCAGCUGAAAGCAGGAAAACACCAUGUGAUUGUAUCUUCAAGUCACUUCUGUUUAUGUUUUUGUUCACUUUUUGGAGUAUUCUGAACUAUGCAAACAUUUAAGACGUUGUUCACAUUGCCAUUAUAUGACUUGAGAGGAACUACGUAUCAGCUGGACCCUUUUCCCACUCUACGGAUUUAAGCACAAACACGGAUUUAACAUGUGCAUUGUAUCUUGGAAAUGUGUUUUCUGCUCUGUUGCAUUAAUUUCUGUGGUCAUUUCUUUGGAUCUAAAUACAGAUGCAACACUGGAAGGUUCCUCUAUGGGUGACCUCGAUGUGCCUCAUAGCCAGAAGCCUGUGGCAUUUCCACACAUUGUUCAUGUAUCUGAUGUUAAAGUAACGACUGGAGGCCAUGCAGUUUUGUCUCGUCAGAAACGGAACGUCCUUUUCCCAAGUGGAGUCAAACUGUGUGCACAGGAGACUGUUCAGCAAGUUGUUGCAACCCAUCUGAACUACUUCUAUCUCAGAGUUUGCCAGGAGACCAUAUGGGAGGCUUUCAAAAUCUUCUGGGAUCGCCUCCCAGAGCAAGUGGAGUACCAAAGCUGGAUGAGCAAAUGCCAGGAAGGCACACUUUCGGCUCAAGACUUUGGCAACUACUUCAGCCAAUCAGAGGAACAUCAGGCUCUGAUUAAAAAGAGAAUGUCACUGCCAGGUUUGAAAAGUGAGCCCUCCAGGUCCUGGCAACAUAUGUGCAGCACUCCGUCUCCAGACACAGAGGAACCUGCUGUGGCUCCUGAGUUAGCUAAAGGAGAUGUCCCUGUAGGAGCAGCUGCUGUUGUCCCAGAACCAGAGGAGAGUUCAUUGGACAAUGACAUUGCUGUCGAGUCACCCACACCACUUGAACUGGAGCAGAUAGUGGAGCUCAGCAUCCUCCUGACCGGUGAGAUGUUCAGCGAUGACCUCAACAACCCCGCCAGCCUCAAGUACCAGACUCUCAGCAGACAGCUAGUAGAAAAGAUAGAAGAUGCUCUGGAGGGACUUCCUGGAUUCAAGAGUGUGUCUGUGGUGGACUUCAGGUCUCAGAGGGAUGCCCAAGGGUUGGAUGGUGUGGUGGUCGACUACACCGUCACAGUUGUGGUGGAUGGAACGGGGGUAAGCACUGAACAACUGGACUAUCUGACCCUGCAGUCCAACCGUGUGGAAAACUCCUACCGUGAAGUGAAGGAACUGCCCACAUUGGUCAUCACUGAGGUCAAAAACGAUGCCAUUGAUGCCCUGGAGUUAGAGAGCGUGUCUGAAGUCCCUGAGUCUGUCAAUGCUGCAGACGGAGCCACGACCACAGCAGUGCAGGAGAUCUUGAUUCUGGAAGGGGAGACUGAGGACGUGAACAAAGAGGACUUGCUGCCUGAAACAUCAGAAGUCAACACGGUGGCAACAACACAAAAUGAUAAUGAUAUCAUCGUUCUGGAGGAGAGUGAAGUAGCUCCUCCUGAUUCUCCUCUGACCACUGAAGCCUCUGAAUCUGACAGCAUCGAGGAGGAAGGUCUGCUGUUUGAGGACACUGUGCAGACUCCAGCUGUAGAACCCCCCCCACCACAGGAGCUCCCGUCUGAACUUCCCUCCCCUGAGCUGCCAGAGGUCAUCUCACUGCCCGAACCACCGGUGGAGAGUGGAGAGGCCUCUGGAUUAGGCACAGACAAUGUUGAGGACCUACUCCAGCCAUCCAUAGUAGAAGAAAUACCUGAGGGGGCUGUUUCUGAAGAUGGAUUAAUAACAGCAGAUGCUGUCUUUGUAACGGAAGCAGGGGAGGUUGAGGUGGUGGGAGAAGAACAUCUGGAUGAGGUGGUUCAGUCAGAGGAGCUAGACUUAUCAACACUUACACCUGAAACCACAGAAGAAGAAGAACAAGGAGGAGGUUUGGUUUCCCUCAUUCCAUCUCCUGAGGUGGUUGACUUAGAAAGUGAAACAUCAGAGCCGGAGGCAGAAGAACCAGAUCAGCCUUCUGUUGGUGAAGAUCUCAACCUCACGGAUGUUCUACCUGCAGAAGAUACAAAUCUUGAACAGCCUGAGGAAAACACAGGCAUCAAUGUGGUGCUGAUGAAUCCUGAGGGACCUUCACUCGAAGAGGCAGGUGCCAAGGAAACGACGGGGAUGGAGGAACAAGAGAAGAACCAGGAGCCUGUAGUUGUAGCUGUGGAAAUCCCCGAGGCUCCUCUGAUCUCGACAGAGGAUCUAACAGAGGAUGAGAUUAUACUGGUCAAUGUGGAGGAACCAGAAUCACCAGUGCCAGAUGCAUCUAAUCCUAUCCAAACAACUUCUCUGUCUCCAGAAAAGGAGUCGCCUUUCACCCGUAUCUCUGAUGUUAACCCUGUAUCUGAUGGGCAGCCUGACAUAAUUAUCCCUGCAGUGGUGGAGAUCCAGACCACCAGUGAGGACUUGGAUGAGGCCACUAUUGGAGACCAGGGCUAUGAUGUGAUUCAUUAUGGCUAUGGUCUUAUUAACCACACAGAAGAGGGCAGCACUGGAUUUCCAUUCGGUGUGUCACAUGGCACAGAUCAGGCCAGUAUCGCGAUGCCCGUGAACCCGGGUCGAGCCCUCAUGGUGUUCUUCAGCCUGAGGGUCACUAACAUGAUCUUCUCAGAUGAUCUGUUCAACAAAAGCUCCCCAGAAUACAAGGCUUUGGAGCAGCGUUUCCUUGAACUGCUUGUACCGUACCUGCAGUCCAACCUGAGUAACUUUGAGAACCUGGAGAUCCUGAACUUCAGAAACGGAAGCAUCGUCGUCAACAGUCGAAUGAAAUUUGGCAAACCUGUGCCCCGUGGAGUCACCUCCACAGUUUAUCUGAUCCUGGAGGAUUUCUGUAACACAGCCUACCAGACCAUGAACCUGGCUAUUGAUAAGUACUCACUGGAUGUUGAGUCAGGUGACCAGGCGGAUCCCUGUAAGUUCCAGGCGUGUAAUGAGUAUGCGGAGUGUAAGGUGAACAAGUGGACGGGGGAGGCGGAGUGUGUCUGUAAUGCCGGUUACUUCAGUGUAGACGGACUGCCGUGUCAAAGCAUCUGUGAGCUGGAGACUGACUUUUGCCUCAACGAUGGGAAGUGUGACAUCAUCCCCGGCCAGGGUGCCAUCUGCAGGUGUCGGGUUGGAGAGAACUGGUGGUACCGAGGGGAACACUGUGAGGAGUAUGUAUCUGAGCCUCUGGUGGUCGGCAUAGCGAUAGCCUCCGUCGCUGGUUUCCUACUGGUGGCCUCUGGGGUUAUUUUCUUCUUGGCCAGGACGUUACGGGAUCAGUAUGACAAGGACGAGUCAGAGGAUCCUAUACGGCGAGCAGAGAGUCUUCCAUCUUUGGAGAGGGCGACCAAGUAUAACCCUAUGUAUGAGAGCGAGGCCACCACAGGGUACAGCCACUACUACCGCCGUUACCCAGAAGCCCCUGUGUACAGCAGCGCCAGCGCAGAGGCCUCCACUGACUUCAGCAGUGAGGAGAUACGACACAUCUACGAGAACAGUGAACUAACCAAGGAGGAAAUCCAAGACAGGAUACGCAUCAUUGAACUGUACGCUAAGGACCGGCAGUUUGCAGACUUUGUACGGCAGCAUCAAGCGGUCCUGGAUACCCGCAGGGAAAGCUCCUCUGUGCAGACAUGAAACAACCCUCCCAUACACAACAAGAAACCCAUCAUCACUGUCAAGACUCUCUUUCUGUUCGCCUCAGCACUCAGAGCCUGGACUGGUCGCUUUAAGAUGGUCAUUCUUUGUUCCUGCAGUUGUUUAUCUCCUCAAAGACAGUUUCUGUGUGUGCAUGUGUCCCUGCCUGUGUGGGCAGAUGUGUCGACUGUUCUCCCUCCUUCCUCUGUGCCUUCAUGUAACGGGGUGAGCUGGCUCGGACAUCAAAAGGAAACGUUUGCUGCUCACCUACUGGACGUUUCCCUUUUUUUGGGGAAAAACUGGCCCGCAUCCUAUUACUUGAAAUGAUAACAGACACAAUCACAAUACUAUGUUUAGUUUAGUCAGAUAACGGAUCUGUUUCUACAUGCUAAAUAUGUCCUGUCUGAAAGGGAAGAACAUAAAACUGUGUGUAUGUGUACAUAAUGUAUUAAGUGUUACCUGUUAGUGUGUUUUAUAGUUAUAUAUUUUCCAAAUGUACUUAUAGGGUUUUGGUGGAGGCUGCUUCUUGUAGUCAAUGGUGCUAUCUUUGAAAUGUAGUGAUCUGUUAUGAUUUUACAAGUAAAAGUGAUACCAAUGCAUCAGCUGUGUAUUUUAGAGUACUAAUGUACGUUAAAGUGGCCAAAUAUAGCCAUAGUGUAUGAGUUAUAUGGUUCACGAAUGCAGCCUUCCACGAUCUGGACUGUGAGUAGAGGAUAAUUUCAGCUGGUUUUCUAUUAGCAGGCAAUUUCUGCUUUUUAAGAGCUCAAUUGAUUGGACAUUUGUAAAUGUUAGUAGCCUCAAAUGAGUGAAAAAAGCGGCAAUGGCAGAAAGGCGGAGAGCAUGAACCCUCUAUAGCUCUGGGAUUUAGAAAUAAGUGAAAACACAUUCCAGUGGAAAAAUACUUUAGGGCAUGCAGCUCAUGGAUUUGAUCAAAAAGUCUGCGUUCAGAUGCCAUAUGUAAUACUGAAAACUGAAAGAACAGGAAAAGUAGACAAAGGACGCUGAUAAACAACAUGUGCUCUUUGGAAAGACUGUGUCUGCCGUCGCAAAAACCCUUUAUGUUACCAGGACUU